ACCAGCGACCUCUCGAAGGAAUUAUCAGUUCUGUGGCAUGCCAUGUCGAAGGAGGAGCAGGCGGAGGCCACUCAGGAGGCUGUGAAGGAACUCGGAGCGAAACGAGCAAACCGAAAGUAUGGGACACACAACAAUGACGUGGCGUCGUAUUCAGACACGCGUGCGUCGUUAUCUGUCCAGAAAGGUGAUCUCGAGGCGUUAAAGUGCCGGACGACCACGGAUAGUAUUCUAUUUGCAUUCAGGGGCAGCCCCGACUCGCCUUCUAUGCCCUUUGUCACAUCCACUACACCGCGUGCAGCUGAGUUCAUUGAGCUCGUGACAGGGAUGAGUGUCAUGGAGUUCGUAGUUCGAAUGGAAGCCCAUAAUAUAUCUGGGGUAAAAGGGGUUACCGCGAACUACAAGGAGGUGACACAGAAUAUCAAGAAACAACUCUCGAAGCUUGUGUUGGAGAAACUGAAUGCUGCCAUCGACCCUGCCCAUGUAACAACCAUGAACUACCACUCCUUCCGUGCGCAGAUCGGUGAUCCUAACCAUACCAUCAUGUUUGGCUGGCCGACUGGGAUUCCCUUCGCGUGUCCUACCGACAUCGGCAACAGGAACAACCUGAAGAUCGUCGUUGCGGCUCUCGAGAAUGGCGUCGCGGGCUUCCGGAAGCUGAAUGACAGUGAGUGGAAG